GCAACCUUCUCACCAAUCCUCCCUCCUCUUUCCGCAAGCUCACCAGCUAUAGCGGCGGCGGAGGACUUCCUCCCGAUUCUCAUCUCGAAUCUGAGCUCGAUCUCGAACGUUAUGCAGAUCUUACGUCUUCUUCUCCUGAACCAGGUUUGUUCUUUUUCCUUUUUCUUUUUUUUACGCUGAAUUUUCAAUUCGAUUUUUGUUUUAUGCUUAUUUGUGUUCAAUUAAGAAGCAAGAAAAUUUUAAGCUGAUUUAUUCUUUGAAUUUAGUGAAUUAAUGUUAUUUUGCUGAUAGUGUAGUUAUUUGUUGGUGGAAUUUAGGUGAGUAUAAUUUUGGGAGGUUGAAUAUUAUGCUGUAAUGUGGGAUUAGAAUUAUCAGUCAAUUAAUUAGGUUAUACUGAGAAAAUUGAGCUUAUUAGUUUUAGGGGUUAUUGUUGUUGAACUAAGUUCGUUGGAGUAUGUAUGAAUUACGAAAGCGCUGCUACUUUUGUUGUAUGCAAGGAUAUAUUUUAUAGGAGGGAUUUGUUUGAAGUCAAGAUAAUAUUACUAGCUUGUCGGACCUCUCGGUGUAAACAAGAUCACGAAAGUUUUGCUAGUUUUACUGUAUGAAGGUAUUUUUAAGACGAGGCUGUGGAUUGUGAAACCAGAAUAAUGUUCUAGCUUGAGGGAGCACCCUUGUGAGCUUCCAGCUACUAAGAACCAUCAGAUAGGCGAGCUUUUGGGACCUUGGGAGAGGACAAUGUAGAUAUCAGGAAUUUCUUGAUUUGCAUGGGUAUUGGGGAGUGCACUCAUAAAAUGCUUAUGUGAACAUGUCAUGCGAUAUCGGGAAUUUCUUGAUUGGCAUGGGUAUUGGGGAGGGCACUCAUAAAAUGCUUAUGUGAACAUGUCAUGCUUAUGUGGACAUGUCUUGAAUCUCCACAUUAAAAAUGAGCGCUAUAUUUCGAUACAUUUUUUUACAUGAGGCCAGGCAUUGCAUCUUUAGGUCAACAAUUUAACAUAAAAAUGAGGAAGUUAUGGGUAUCAAUAUUUCUUGUAACUAGUGUUAGUUACAGGUGCAUGCUAUGUUGCUUUGCUACAUAUUUACACGUUUGCAGGAAAGAUUUCUUAUCUGCAACAGGUUGAUCUCUUGAAAUGACAAGUAAGAAUGCCUUUGUCCUCACUCCGCUAGUAUAAUAAAAUAGAAACUGAAGAUCCGAGGACAGAUGCCUCUGGAUAUCAUUUUGUACCCUUUGCUUAUGGAAACUCUGCUGAUUCCAGUGGACAGAAGACUCUUGAUGUGGCUCGGGACAUAUCUGCGUUUCAUCCACCAUUUUCUGUGCCUGAAAGUUUACUUCAAAACCUGGUAGGUUUAUCCCUUUUUAGCUAUACAUCUUAUACAUAGCUUUAAGAAGAGUGUCUAGAAUUUGAUGAUGAUUUUUUCAUUUUUGAAGAGUUAGCUAAUGUGGACAAAUGGUAUCUGUCUGAUGUGCAUAUGUUAUUCUGAGGCUUACUAUGUCUAAGUUUUCAGAUGCUUGGAGCAGGGCGGACUUCUUCUGACCUAAAGUUGCCAUUCAGGGGCACCUUGUUCCCUUUUGAUGUCAUGAAAGAUAGGCCGUGCAGGUGGGAUUAGGACCAUAGAGUUCAAUGCUUAACUGGAAAUUCAAAUCAUCGUAGUCGCUUGGAGCAUAUGGAAUGAAAUGUUUCUUCAUAGAGUUUUGAUAUUUUACCGCUUAAGAUUAUCAAACACUGCAUCAGAUGCUACCUAUCAAGUUUCCUUAGCUUUUGUAAUUCUAGGUUCUCCACGAGUUUUUUGUUAAAUAUAAAAUGUGAGGUUUUUCUUCUCAUUUUUUUAAUGCAUGUUAUUGUUUUUCUCUGAUGCUUUUCAGCCUCCUGCGGACAAAGUGCAUCAGAUUAUUGCAAGGACUGCUUUGUUUGUCGGUGAACAUGGCGGCCAAUCUGAAAUUGUUUUAAGAGUGAAACAGGGAGAUAACCCGACGUUUGGAUUUUUGAUGCCACACCAUCAUCUACACCCAUACUUCAGAUAUCUUGUUGAUCACCUAGAGCUUCUGAAAGCUGACCAUGAUGGCAAGUUACAGAAAGAGAAAAGUAAUGAGGAUCAAACUGGUGGAGCACUUACUCUCUUGGGUUCUUUCUAUGGUACAGGAGAAGAUGAGGAUGGUGCAGUAGAGCAAGAAUCUAAGCAAGUUUCCUCAGAUGAAACUCCAAUGGUAGCUGUCACGUCCAGUUCUCAUCAAGUAAAGCAAACAACCUGUCCAGGAAAUGUGUCUGGAAAGGACGACAUGGUUUCUAAAGAUGCACAUCCUUUCAAAGUGAAAGCACCUGUAUUGAGUAAAAACCUUAUCAGUGGCAUAAAGUCUGUAAGUGCUAAUACUGUGAAGAAAGAUGUAGACAAAAUAGCUUCCAAUGGUCCCAUCAUGGACAAGUCAAAAGCUUCAAGUUUGUUUCCGGUUUCCAAAGUUGAAACAUUACUGGUGGACCCUCCAUCCGAAGUUAAAAGGUUGGUUGAUCGGAUCGUUGAGAUCAUCUUGAAGAAUGGUAAGGACUUUGAGGCAGUGCUUAUUGAGCAGGACAAAAAGCAUGGCAGGUUUUCAUUCUUGCUGCCAUCCAACCAGUAUCAUCCAUACUAUCUAAAGCUUCUGAAAAAAGCUCAAGAGUCCAGAUUAAGUGGUAAGAGCUUUAGUACUGAGAUGGACAAGAACACUGCUCCCAGGAAGGAAAGUGAUGCCUUAUCCUUGGAAUGCGGAGAUGAUGAUUUGGCGCUUGACUGUGACAGAAAAGAGAAGUUCAAAAUGGUAAUUAGCAAGUCAAAAAAAGACACACACGAUCUUCCGUCCAAAGAAACUCAGCAACUCUCUGGAAUUACUGUGGAUGCAACAGCAGCGGCAGCUAUACUUCAGGCUGCCACAAGAGGCAUUAAGAAACCUAAUCUAGAUAUUUUCUCCAAGACGUCUUUGAGCGGUGCUAGUCGUGGUUCCAGCAAUGAGGGUGGACAGGUGUCAAGUUUUGGAAGCCUUCAGUCGUCACAACAUCAAAGUUCAUCCCAAAAGCAAACGGAGAAUGGGAAACCCAGUGUUACUAUUCCGGUUGCUAAAGAAAUUGCCAAUAAUGCUGCUCGUGCAGCAGCUGGUGAGGCUGACUCCUCUGAAGCAGGGAUGACCAAGGAGCAGAAGCUAAAGGCUGAAAGAUUGAGGCGAGCCAAGAUGUUCGCAGCAAUGAUUAGGAGUGGUGUUGCACCAUUGGGUGCCGAACCAUCCAGGUCUGGGGUCCCUGGCUCUGCCACUAAUGUAGAAAUCAAUGAUAGAAUAGGACCCUCAGUUCCAGCAGAGACGGAGACUUCAACUAGGAUUGAGAUGUCAGGGAGGAAUUCUAAUUCUUCUGAUGAUGAAACUGAAAGGAAUGGAAGAAAGAGGCGUCACUACAGGUCUCGAAAACAUGAUGAGAGCGAAGGAGAAGAAGAAGAUGAUUACGAGGGGAAGAGAGAGAAAGAUGAUCCAAGGCAUUCUAGGAAGAAGCAUAGACCCCAUCAGUCCUCGCGGCAUCAUAGAGAUAGAAGCAAGGAUGUAGAUAAACGUCGAAGAAAGUCAAGAACCAAAGAAUCUCGACAUAAGGACAAGGAUGAGAGCUUCUCUUCUCCUGAAGAAGAAGAAGAAGAAGACAGGCAUAACAGAUACAAGCAUGAUAGUUCUUCCGAUGAUGAACACAAACGCCAUAAACGGAGGCACAAGCAUGAUAGUUCCUCUGAAGAUGAGCGCAAACACCGGAAACGAAAGCACAAACACUAUAGAAAAGAAGAUAGACAUAAAGAUAGAUCUAGCAAGGUUGGGAGAAGGUCCCAGAAGGAGGAAAUUGAGUUGGAAGAAGGUGAGAUUAGAACUAAAUCUUCAGACCAGUCUUCGUCAGCCAUAGGUGAUGAUGCAAGUACAGAAGCCUCUCUUGAUGCUUCUAAGUCAUCUUACCAAGAAAAGGCUCCAUCUUUUCCCCCUCCUGAAACCACGGAAGUUCCCGAUGAGCUAAGAGCCAAAAUUCGGGCAAUGUUGCUUGCCACGAUGUAAGUUCUUCUUAUUUAAUUUUCUGUAACAUGUAUUUUCUGAUUAUAUAUGCUGGUUGUCAGUUAGAAAUGAAUCUUGUUCUUUCACUCAGUUCAAAAUCUUGUAAUUUCUCUUCAUUUUGAAAGAAUGUGCUUGUUUGUCGUUGGUCAA